GCAGAAAGAGACGGCGGGGAAGCAGUAGUGAGGUGAAUAAAGAUGCGGCCGUACAGAAGAGCCUGCACAAACGCGUUGCAUGUGAUAUAUAGAUAUAUAGAUUGAACUGAGCCUGAGCGGCGGGGGACUCAUAUAUAAGCGGAAGGGGCGCUUCUCGGAAAGCAAAGCGGCGUCGUAUCGGCGGAGAAGCAAUGGCUACGACGAAGCUCUCUGCUCUCUUCUCUUCGCUCCUUUUGCUUCUCUCUCUUUCUGCUGUUCAAGUCCUCGGCCUUGGGAUUGGAAUUAACUAUGGGCAGAUUGCGAACAACCUUCCUUCACCGUCCCGUGUUUCCUUCCUCCUCAGAUCUCUCAACAUCACCAGAGUGAAGCUUUAUGAUGCUGAUCCGAAGGUGUUGAGUGCGUUUGCCAAUUCAGAUGUUGAAUUUGUCAUUGGGCUUGGGAAUGAGUAUCUCUUAAAUAUGACCGACCCCAUCAAAGCUCAGAAUUGGAUUCAACAGCGUGUUCAGCCUUUCAUUAGCUCGACCAAGAUUACCUGCAUCACUGUGGGAAACGAGAUCCUAUCAGGCAAUGAUACUCAGUUGAUAUCUCAUCUUCUCCCAGCAAUGCGAACUGUUUAUGGCGCUCUCGUGAAUCUUGGGUUAAGCAAACAGUUAUAUGUGACGACUGCCCAUUCCCUUGCCAUCUUAAGUAAUUCAUUCCCUCCUUCCUCGGGAGCAUUUCGACAAGAUCUUGCUGAAUACAUUCAUCCCAUCCUUGAUUUUCAUGCUCAAGUCAACUCACCAUUUCUCAUAAAUGCGUAUCCAUAUUUUGCAUACAAAGAUAACCCAAACGAGGUUCCAUUGGAUUAUGUCCUUUUUCAGCCUAACUCAGGGACAACCGAUCCUAAUACGAACUUGAAUUAUGAUAAUAUGUUGUAUGCACAAAUUGAUGCUAUUUAUUCAGCAAUCAAAGCAAUGGGGCACACAAAUGUUGAUGUCAAGAUCUCUGAAACCGGUUGGCCUUCUAAAGGGGAUCCCAAUGAAGCUGGAGCCACACUACAGAACGCAGAGAUAUAUAAUGGUAAUUUGCUGCGUCGGAUACAACAGAAUCAAGGUACUCCGGCAAAACCGUCAGUGCCAAUUGACAUAUAUGUUUUUGCACUUUUCAACGAGAAUCUAAAGCCAGGUCCGGCAUCAGAAAGGAACUAUGGGCUGUACUAUCCUGAUGGUACCCCUGUUUACGACAUUGGAUUGCAGGGUUUCCUUCCAGAGAUUUACUCGGCUUCUUCCAAGAUAAAUGCCUUGUCAAUUUCAAGUAUUCUGGUUUUAGCAUUAGCAUGCUUUAUAUAUUCUUGAAAGUAGAAAAAAUUUGUUGACAACAAAUUGAGGAAAUUAUGGAGAAAAAGGGUCUUGGCUAUCUUGAUAUUUCUCCCAGUAGUUCAAAGGGGAAAUUUCAAAGGUGAGAAAUUCAAUUCUCUUUUUUCUUUUACUUUUUUUCUUAGUCCAACACAGGGAUUGUUUGGCAUAUGCACCUUCCAUGCCAUUAUAUGUCCAUGUUUUCACGCUAGAAAUCCGAUCUCCCAAUUAAGAGGAAAAGGCCAGGGCUUGUCGCUAUCAUUGAUAUUUCUUGGUAUGGUUCAAGAAAGCUUCCAAUGGCUAGUUUUUCAAAUUUCAACGAUAACAAACGGUUAGUUUUGAGCAAAGCUUUUGGAAUGCGUAUUUAUACAACUCAAGGAUGAUCAAGAGAAGACUAAUGAACAGGAAUGAAAUAAUUUGAGCUUAUUGGUAUUCACAUUUGUAUUUAUAUUGAUCGUACUGUAUUUUUUUCUCUUCAAGACUUUGAUAUUAAUUUGUAUAUAUUCAUUUCAAGUCUUGUUUCGUAUUUUGAGAGAUCUUAUAAUUAAGAGAUUUAUCUCUUAGAUCUUCUCUUUAUUACACUUCUUGUAUUUCGUAGCUUGUGUAGCUACAUGGCUUACUUGGUUUAAGUAAGAGGUUGUAUUUCCUAAUUUGUGUAGCUAGAGUGCCUAUUUGUGUAAGUAGAAUGUUUUAGUAAAUUGAUUCAAAAUUCUUAGUGAGAGUUAAGGUAAUGGAUUAAGUUUGAUUUAAAC